GUCUGUGGGUCUGUGGGCUGGGAGUGGGUGGACACACAUGCACUUGCCCCCACCAGCAGUGGACCCAGGUCCAGGUGGGCGGUGACUGGCUGGGCAGUAGGGAGGCUGGACGCAGGGGCAGGACUGGGAACUUCAAAGCAGACCUUCCUGCUUGCUGCCGACACAGGUUGCUGGCCAGGCCAGGAGCAGCCCUGCCCUCACCAUGGGGCUGACCUGGAAGGAGAAGGUCUUCACAGCCCUGCUGGGGGCCGCAGUGGCCUCUGGACUCACGGCGCUGGUCCUUGUCCUAGUGGAGGCUGCCAACAUCCUCCUGCCCGCAGGCACCAAGUUUGGGAUUGUGAUUGACGCUGGCUCCUCCCACACAUCCCUCUUCGUGUACCAGUGGCCAGCGGACAAGGAGAAUGGCACGGGUGUGGUCAGCCAGGCCCUGGCCUGCCAGGUGGAAGGGCCUGGAAUCUCUUCCUAUGCAUCCAACCCGGCACAGGCCGGUGAGAGCCUGCAGGGCUGCCUGGAGGAGGCGCUGGCACGGAUCCCAGAGGCUCAGCAUCGGGGGACACCCAUGUUCCUAGGGGCCACGGCUGGCAUGCGGCUGCUCAGACAAAAGAACAGCUCCCAGGCAGAGGACAUCUUUGCAGCAGUCACCCAGGUCCUGGCCCAGUCUCCUGUGGAUUUUCGGGGUGCUGAGCUCCUGGAUGGGCAAGAUGAAGGCGCCUUUGCCUGGGUCACUGUCAACUAUGUCCUGGGGCUGCUCAUCAAGUUCUCAUUCUCUGGAGAAUGGAUCCGGCCUCCAGAGGGGAUGCUUGUGGGUGCCCUGGACCUGGGGGGGGCCUCCACCCAGAUCACCUUCGUGCCCGGGGGCCCCAUCGAGGACGAGAGUGCCCUGGCCACCUUCUGGCUCUACGGCUCCAGCCACCACGUCUACACACACAGUUACCUCUGCUUUGGGCGGGACCAGGUGCUGACCAGGCUCCUAACCAAGCUGGUGCAGAGCAGCUCAGCUGACCUGGUCCGACACCCCUGCUACCACAGUGGCUACCGCACCACGCUGGCCCCAGGCCCCCUGUAUGAGUCCCCAUGUGUCCAUUCCAUGGCCCCCCAGAACCUCACCCAGAACCUCACAGUGGAAGGGACAGGCAACCCGGGGGCCUGCAUCACAGCCAUCCAGGAACUCUUCAACUUCUCCAGCUGCCAGGGCCAAGGGGACUGUACCUUUGACGGGGUCUACCAGCCCCCAUUGCGAGGCCAGUUCUAUGCCUUCUCCAACUUCUUCUACACCUUCCACUUCCUGAACCUCACGUCCAGGCAGCCACUAGGCACUGUCAAUGACACAAUGUGGAAGUUCUGCAAGAUGCCCUGGAAGCUGGUGGAGGCCAGUUACCCUGGGCAGGCCCGCUGGCUGCCUGACUACUGUGCCUCAGGCCUGUACAUCCUUGUACUUCUGCUGGAGGGUUUUGGGUUCAGCGAGGAGACCUGGCCCAGCAUCGAGUUCCACAAACAGGCUGGUGGCAUGGACAUCGGCUGGACGCUGGGCUAUAUGCUGAAUCUGACUGGCAUGAUCCCGGCUGAGGCGCCAGCCCAGUGGCGGGCAGAAAGCUAUAGCAUCUGGGCGGCUGGAGUGGCAUUUGUGGUGCUGACCCUGGUGGCCAUUCUGGGAGCAGCUAUGGUCCGGCUUCUCUGGCCCCAGGACUAGCCCACCCAUCUGGGUGAGUGGCUCCACCUCGGACUCAGAAGCCUUCCUGAGGCCUGACAGCUGCAGUGGCUCGUUCUGUGGGUUCUGGCCUCAUAGUCUUGGACACCCCGGUCAGGAUCUAUUGGCCAUUUAGAGUGCACGGCCUUCACCCAUGGCCCUCCAUACUAGCCUCCUAGGGUAGUGGGUGCCUUUCUACAGUACCCCAAGGCCAUGUGCAGAGGCUUCUGUAAAGUCUGUCUCAGGGGCCGCAGAUGGAGCAGGGAGGAGCUUGGGAACUGCAGCCAGAAGGACAUACGGGCCACUCUGGGCUCAAGAGACCUGGUUGCUGUAGUUGUCUGACCAGAUGGAUGGAGUCCAGGCACCAUGGUGCCUCCUAGGCCAGGCCCUCCCACGCCCUCUUGGAAGCUUUGGUCAGGCCCCUGUCAGUCACUUAGCUUGGGAUGUGGACCACAUCAUGUGGGAGUGUUUUUAUUAAAACCUCCUGGACACAGGA